AUGAAGUCGAGUCGGGUGGACAGCAUCAUCAAUGCACCGCAGGUGCAACCAGCGCGUAGAGCUACUAGAAAUAGGGCUCAGCGCUAUCUGACAGCAGCUUGGUUUUGCGUGGGAAUGAUGCCGUUGUUACUGCAAAUACGGAGCUAUCUCAAGUUCAUGACACCGCACAAGAUCACGGAAAUUCUAGUGGGGCCUUCGAGUGUCGACGGCGAGACAGCAAGGCUAUCUGAACUCUGUCCGGUUAAGGAAUUGUACAUUGCUCAAGUGCGCUGGAAUAUCGAAGCAGGUUAUUACCACGAAAUUGAGUAUGGGCGGCUCUGUCACUUUGUGGUUCCUCAGUACAAUAUCCACGGGAAUUAUCUAUUAGGACCUGCGAAAACUGAUCCUUCGUCUACAACUCCAACAAGCUGCGCAGACGACAGCUAUCCCCUGGAAUAUUAUUUCUACCAUGGCAGCAUCGGAUACUUUGCGUUUUAUGAGGAAGCCGAAGGAACUUACUGCGACAAGGACAAGACCGCGUAUGUUCGAGUUCGUGGGCUCGGAACGUAUGACAUUAAUGGCCCGAGCUUGAUCCAUGACACUGGAGACGACAGCUAUCGAAAGUCAUAUUGGUAUAGUAUAUUCUGUGGCGUGUGGCUCUUGUAUCGCGCUAUACAAAUGAGAAGAUGUUAUAUCUCGUGCAAGCGCUAUGCCAGAAGAUGCGACUUUACUCAGGAGCGAGUGAAUCGAAAGAUAGCAGUGGUAUAUGUGCAGGAAAACAUGCGAUUGACGGCUCAUGGAGCAACGAACUGGCAUCGUGCAGUCAUGCUCUAUUUACUGGUCGAAGGCUUGAUGAGCGAUUUAUUCAUGUUGAUCGCUCAAGAUGGAAUACUCGUAAAAAUCCAGUACGUCUCGCUAGGAUACAAUCUCUCUGGUGUCUUAUUGCUAGUGUUUGAGAUGAUUGAGAACAUGAAGUGGCUACAUGAGAAGUGGCGAGUGUUUAUUAAACGGCUAAUAUUCUGCUACGAGGCGUCAAUGAUCGGAGAACUACUCAGUGUUGUGGGACUUCAUCACUACAUUACAGGGAUUAAUCGAUCAAGUUUGAAGGAUUCAAAUGUGACGGCGGUAACCGUGUCCUAUUAUGUCUGGAGUUUAGUAGGACACGGUAUCAUCGUACUUGGUCUCGUUGCGUUCAUCAUAUCAGUUCGAGCUUGUUGGGCAGUUAUAUAUGUGUGUUGGAAACAUCGCACGUUAAGUAUCUUCUUCGCUCCAUGUUGCGUCGACACUACAUUAGCGUUGCGGAACAAGAUGACGUUAGUGGGUGGGUAUCAUUGGCACAACGAUAAACUGUACUACAAGGUUGACACGUUGAAGGCGUUUGGACUGUUGAAAAUGGAGAAAGAAGACGGAUCUGAGUUUGCAGUUCUAAGGAAACUACAUUGGGUCGAAGUUCCGGCUGACAGCUUGUAUGUGAUUGGAACGUUGGCUGGUGAAGGAAUGGAACCAUGUACAGAGAAACUCUGUGCGGGUAUCAUCAGCUUCUUCGGACAUGACAUAGGAGGACCUGCUCCCAAUCCAAUUGGAGUUCGCCGCUCGCUUCUCGUCCUCGAAAAAAACAAAGUAUCGGAUAGCCCAAAGGCACUUAGCAUACUACCGCCAUCGUGA